AGAGAGAGAGAGAGAGAGAGAGCAGGAGGACGGGAGGGAGACAGAGACAGACACGGAGGGAGAGGGAAAGAGGCAGGAAAGAUCCUGAAAGAGGAAGAGGAAGAGGUGGCCUGAACCUCGCUGGAUUGUCUUUCACAGCACACCGGUGAAGCUUUGGGUUUGUGUCUUAAAGGAUUGGCUUUAGAAGUCCACAUUUGAGCUCUCUCCUUCCUGCUUGCUGCUUUCUGAGGUGGCUGGGAUGCUUCCAUGAUUUAUGUGAAUCUAGCCUGGGCUGUUCUCUGUGCUAAACCAAUCAAUUACGACCCUUCUCUUAACAGUGUGCAGUGAGGGGUCCUACUCCCUCCUUUCUACUCCCUCUGUGGUCCACCUUACUUUUUAUCCUGCUUCUCGGCGGCUCCUCCCCUAACCUUCAUGGACGACUCAGAGGUGGAGUCGACCGCCAGCAUCUUGGCCUCUGUGAAGGAACAAGAGGCCCAGUUUGAGAAGCUGACCCGGGCGCUAGAGGAGGAACGGCGCCAUGUCUCGGCGCAACUGGAACGCGUCCGGGUCUCACCACAAGAUGCCAACCCACUCAUGGCCAACGGCACCCUCACCCGUCGGCAUCAGGUAACCCUCUCCCCAUCAGACCUGCAGAACGGCCGGUUUAUGGGCGAUGCUGACCUUGAGAGACAGAAAUUUUCAGAUUUGAAACUCAACGGACCACAGGAUCACAACCACCUUCUGUAUAGCACUAUCCCCAGGAUGCAGGAGCCAGGGCAGAUUGUGGAAACCUACACAGAGGAGGACCCUGAAGGAGCCAUGUCUGUUGUUUCUGUGGAGACCUCAGAUGAUGGGACCACUAGGCGUACAGAGACCACAGUCAAGAAAGUUGUGAAGACAGUGACAACACGGACAGUACAGCCAGUCCCCAUGGGACCAGAUGGACUGCCUGUGGAUGCCUCAUCGGUCUCCAACAACUAUAUCCAGACUUUGGGCCGUGAUUUUCGCAAGAAUGGCAAUGGGGGCCCUGGUCCCUAUGUAGGGCAGGCAGGCACUGCGACCCUUCCUAGGAACUUCCACUAUCCUCCAGAUGGAUAUGGCCGACACUAUGAAGAUGGUUAUCCAGGUGGCAGUGACAACUAUGGCAGUUUGUCCCGGGUGACCCGAAUUGAGGAGCGGUAUAGACCCAGCAUGGAAGGCUACCGGGCACCAAGUAGACAAGAUGUCUAUGGUCCCCAGCCCCAGGUUCGAGUAGGUGGGAGCAGUGUGGAUCUACAUCGAUUUCAUCCAGAGCCUUAUGGGCUAGAGGAUGACCAGCGCAGCAUGGGCUAUGAUGACCUAGAUUAUGGCAUGAUGUCCGAUUAUGGCACUGCUCGUCGGACAGGAACACCUUCGGAUCCUCGACGACGCCUCAGGAGCUAUGAAGACAUGAUUGGAGAGGAGGUGCCACCGGAUCAGUACUAUUGGGCUCCUUUGGCUCAGCAUGAGCGGGGAAGUUUAGCAAGCUUGGAUAGUCUGCGAAAGGGAGUGCCCCCACCUCCAAACUGGAGACAGCCUGAGCUGCCAGAAGUGAUUGCCAUGCUAGGCUUCCGCUUGGAUGCUGUUAAGUCCAAUGCAGCUGCAUACCUGCAGCACCUAUGCUAUCGAAAUGACAAGGUGAAAACUGACGUGCGGAAGCUCAAGGGUAUCCCGGUAUUGGUAGGAUUGUUAGACCAUCCCAAAAAGGAAGUGCACCUUGGAGCCUGUGGAGCUCUCAAGAAUAUCUCUUUUGGGCGUGACCAAGAUAACAAGAUUGCCAUAAAAAACUGUGAUGGUGUUCCUGCCCUGGUCCGAUUGCUCCGAAAGGCUCGUGAUAUGGACCUCACCGAAGUCAUUACUGGAACCCUGUGGAAUCUCUCAUCCCAUGAUUCAAUCAAAAUGGAAAUUGUGGACCAUGCACUUCACGCCUUGACAGACGAAGUGAUCAUUCCUCAUUCUGGUUGGGAGAGAGAACCUAAUGAAGACUGUAAGCCACGGCAUAUUGAAUGGGAGUCAGUGCUCACCAACACAGCUGGCUGCCUUAGAAAUGUAAGCUCAGAGAGGAGUGAAGCUCGCCGGAAACUUCGGGAAUGUGAUGGCUUAGUUGAUGCCCUCAUUUUCAUUGUUCAGGCAGAAAUUGGACAGAAGGAUUCAGACAGCAAGCUUGUGGAGAACUGUGUUUGCCUCCUUCGGAACUUAUCAUAUCAAGUUCAUCGAGAAAUCCCACAGGCUGAACGCUACCAAGAGGCACUUCCCAGUGUGGCUAAUAGUACUGGGCCACAUGCUGCCAGUUGCUUUGGGGCCAAGAAGGGCAAAGAUGAGUGGUUCUCCAGAGGGAAAAAGCCCACAGAGGAUCCAGCAAAUGAUACAGUGGAUUUCCCUAAAAGAACUAGUCCUGCUCGAGGCUAUGAACUCUUAUUUCAGCCAGAAGUGGUGCGAAUAUACAUUUCACUUCUUAAGGAGAGCAAGACGCCGGCCAUCCUAGAAGCCUCCGCUGGAGCUAUCCAGAACUUGUGUGCUGGGCGCUGGACAUAUGGUCGAUACAUCCGCUCUGCUCUGCGUCAAGAGAAGGCUCUCUCUGCCAUAGCUGACCUCCUGACCAGUGAACAUGAACGAGUAGUGAAAGCUGCAUCUGGGGCACUGAGAAACCUGGCUGUGGAUGCUCGGAACAAAGAAUUAAUUGGCAAACAUGCCAUUCCUAACUUGGUAAAGAAUCUGCCAGGAGGUCAGCAGAACUCCUCCUGGAAUUUCUCUGAAGACACCGUGGUCUCUAUUUUGAACACCAUCAAUGAAGUUAUUGCUGAGAACUUGGAAGCUGCCAAAAAGCUUCGAGAGACCCAGGGUAUUGAGAAGCUGGUGUUGAUCAACAAAUCAGGGAAUCGCUCAGAAAAAGAAGUCCGGGCAGCAGCUCUUGUCUUACAGACUAUCUGGGGCUAUAAGGAGCUUCGGAAGCCACUGGAAAAAGAAGGAUGGAAGAAAUCAGACUUCCAGGUGAAUCUAAACAAUGCAUCUAGAAGCCAGAGCAGCCAUUCAUAUGAUGAUAGCACUCUCCCCCUCAUUGAUCGGAACCAAAAAUCAGAUAAGAAACCUGACCGGGAAGAAAUUCCAAUGAGCAAUAUGGGGUCAAACACAAAAUCAUUAGACAACAACUAUUCCACACUGAAUGAAAGAGGAGACCACAAUAGAACACUGGAUCGAUCUGGGGAUCUGGGUGAUAUGGAGCCAUUGAAGGGAGCACCCUUGAUGCAGAAGAUUUAGCACCACUCUACCUGCUCCAUCUGAGCAUAUAAUAUAUUACUUUUAUUUUUGGUGGUGAAAUGGACUGAUGAUUUUUUUCCUUUCUUCGCUGGACUAUUGUGCCAACUGCCAGGCUGCCUCCUACCCUUAUAGCCCAGAGUGGCUGCCUUCAUUCCAUCAACACCUUCCACUGAAGUUUAAUUGUCCUGUCCUCCCAUCCCCCCUACCUCCAGUUUCCCCAAGAAACCUGACUCAGUUAUUUGCAUAUCUUGAGAGACUGCUGCAGAUUAGCUCUUUUUGCCAGCCCUCCCUGGACUCUUGGCCUGUGUGGGAGGGAGGGAGAGAGUGGAACUCUUCGCUGGAAGCUGUGGGAAGAACUGAAAAUUGCACGCUGUAUAUGCAGCAUUCAGCAUUCUGACAAACUGAUGACUUUUAAUCAAGACUAUCUUUCUGGUGGGGAGGGAACUUUUAAUUUUGUUUUGGAUAAUGGGAAAUAUGAGUUCUUCCCUUAUCCAGUGGCUGUUUUUGAAGCCAAGAAGGCUGGAAACAUUGGCACAUUCCACCUGGCAGGGAUCCUCCAGUAAGCGAGGUACUCCUCAAACUGGGAUUGAGAACUCUUGUUCCUCCUGUCUGAGACAGAGACCACAAAGGACCUACAGACUCCAUCUCUUCUGUCAGCUUCAGGCCAACCUUAGGGUGCUGCCCUGACCAAGGCUGUCCUCAACCCUCCUCUCUUACCCUGUGAUAAAUCUGCUAACUUGACCUGGCUGUUUGCAAGAGGCUAUGUAGAAAAGAGAACGCCAUGGAACACUUCUUGCUUGAGAAGAAGCAUAAAGAUUGUCUAUCGGGGAAAAGAUGAACCUCUAGGAAGAAGUAGAAGGAAUGUACAUGAAGCGGUUAGUCUGAGACUGGCAGGAAGCUUCAAAGCUGGCUUUCCCCACCUUCCCUGCCCCUUUUCUCUUCUUCCUUUAUAGGCUUGUCCCUCCUUCUCUCCCUCCCUGGAUUUGUUGGCCAACUACAAGACUUGUACAUAACUCCUGCCCCCUUUGCCCUUCUAAGGUAGGAGUUGCCCUGGCUUUGCCUCCUCUUUGUGCCUUUGGCCUGGGGUGCAUCUCCUCCCUCUCUUCCACGUGCCUUUCUUUGCCUCUGCAGUCUCAUUUUUCAUGAUUUUGCAAGUUAGAUUUUGUUAUUUUCUUAACCACUGUUGACCCUUAGUAGCUGAAGGAAAGAAAAGGAGUGAUGACCAAUUCCCCUGGGGGGUUGUUAUAGCCUCUGAUUUAGCCGCAGCAGGCUUCUGCUCAACAGUGUACAGUGGGGAUUGGUGACUAUCUCAUGAUUUAAGUCUCAAAGUGAGGCUGGUAGAAGGGAGUGCCAUGACUCUUUUAUUAGUUGUCCCCAGUUCCCAUCAUCUCUGAAAGGUUAUAGGGAAUUAAGGCUUUCUGGCCAGUUCCUUUGCCUCCAUUAUACCCUUUCCAAUAGUAGGGAAUAUUACAGGUUGAGCUAGAGAAUCAGCUACUAUGUGGGUUGGUUUUUUUUUUUUUUUAAACUUUUUCCCUUAUUUGCUUUUGUUCCUUAAUGUAAAAGCUCUAUUCAAUGCAACUGGAAUUCUUUAUCCCUCUUGUCCUGUUCCUUAAUAUAUUGAGGCUAUGGGGUAGGAGAAAAGUGCACAACCCACCAAUCCCCCCUUUUUUUUCUUUCUUUUUUUUUAACCGUUUGCUUCCCUCCCAUUUCUUCCUACCCCCAUCCACCUUUUCUGGCAAAAAGAGCCUCUCCUUGUGACCCUCAGAGUACACUACACAGGGAGCCUCACCCACCCAGACCUGGCUCUAUUCUCAGUUUCUCUUGUCCUCUGCUCUUCCUGGUGCUCUUGUUUUCGGUGGGGUGUGGGUAAUAGAAUAGCCAUGGGCUUUGGGGGACCUUUAACUGUUUUGUUUGUUUGUUUUGUUUUGUUUUCUCUUUCAUUUAUAAAAACACUAAACAUUCAAUUUCAGCAAACCAAAAAUCCUACCUUCCCACCGAACACUACUAAGGGGCAUGUCUUCUGCUCUGUAUCUUUUCUCUUUUUCUUUCUCUCUUGUUAAUGCUUUUAAAAACAAAUGAGUUUUUUAUAUAAAUAAAGUUUUUAAAGUGUGUA